AUCCUUUCCUCCCUUCUCCCGCUGCGUGCGUACGUGCGGGGACCGGAACUGACGUCAGGAGCCCCAUGUGAGGCGAUUGCAACACAUGCAGCGCGGAGGAGAAGAGGAGGAGGAGGAGGGAGGGGGCGCGAGCGAGCGAGGGAGGCGGAAAGGAAAGGAAGGAAGAAGCCGGUCAGCGACGUCACAGGCGCCGUCGCGAGGAGCCCUUCGCUGCCGUCCGGAGAAGGAAGGGAAGGGAGGCGGCGGCGAGGCCUGAGGUAAAAACGCGCGCGCGCGCUCGCCCGCCCGUUCUUUCCCCUCAGAGGAGCGCUUGGCUGGGCUUGUGGUGGCCGCACUCCCGCGGUGACGGGAGACCGGGGCGGGCCUAGCCUAGCACAGCCUGUUCUGGGAGGGGACGGCUUUUACUUUUACCUCAGCCGAGGCUCCGUUCUCAUUUUUUUCUCUCUCUUUUCCCCCCCCUCUCUCCGUGCGGCGGCCUUGGCGGUUGACUCGAACAGCCGCAGGAGGGGCGGUGGAGGAGGAGGAGGAGGAGGAGGGAGAAGAUGGCGGACGAUCCCAGCGCUGCCGACAGGAACGUGGAGAUCUGGAAGAUCAAGAAGCUCAUCAAGAGCCUCGAGGCGGCUCGCGGGUGAGGGCGGGGAAGGGCCUGGGGUGGGGGUGGAAGACACCUUCCGUUUCGGGUUAUAAAAGGGGGGUGGGGGUGGAACAGGAGUCGCUUCAGCUCCCCUCCCCCCCAAAAAUAUAAUAAUCGCCACUGUAUAGAAAGCUUAAAAUUUUAGGGAGAAAGCCAGGCUCAAGUAUUCUCUCCCCCCCCCCUUUCAAAACUGGGUUGGUUCGCUCCUGUAUGGAGAACUAUUCAGUCAUGUGGAUGUCACCUGUGUGGAAACCUUCAACUCACCCCCCCUUUCAGACAGCUAUAAAGCGAUUCAGUCCAGACAUAUGGGGUCCCCCCCCAGAGAGUGGUAGGCCUUUUCUUCCUCUUGCCUCUGUUUUUGGGAGGCCAAGGUCCAUAUGGAGCUACAGGUGCAUAGAAGGCAAAGAGAAGGCUUGUGGGCUUGUCCCGCUUGGGCACCUAAGAAGAGAAAGGUGAAUGUUUUUUAAGUGCCCAGGUCCCAACCUUGAAUCCCCAAACAAGGAAUGUGAAGCAUGUGGGUUCGUGUGACUUGGGCCCUGCUUCAAAGGCUGUAUUUAGCUUUGUCUCUUGGUAUCAAGAGUCAUCUUACCCCCACCCUAUUCCCUGCAUUUCGUCAUCUGGAGUGGAGACAUUCCAUUACUCUUGGGUUUCUUUAAAUUUUUCCAUUCUUCGUAGAGAGGUAUAUAUAAGUGAGGUGCAGUUCUCUGCCUUGUGUUGUCUUCGGCUAUAUUUUUCCACUUCCACUGAAUUACUUGCUAUGGCUUGCUUGGUAGUCACACUCACCUGUGAAGCAGGAGUGACUUUAAAAAAACCCACACUAGUGUCUUUAUUUAUAUAGAGAUUAAUUUUGAGCCAAAAAUGCAGCCUCCUGAUUAUAAAGCUAUGUUUCCUUAUUCAGUUUUCCUUCCAUUCUCACUGUAUUGUACACAUUUGGAGGACUAUUUUUUUGUGCUUAGUUUUUCCUAAUAAAGAACCAUAGUGGGGAAUGAAGGCCUGCAAAUGAGAUUACCAGGGGGCCACCAGGUAAUAGUAGCCUUUGUGGCAGUUGUUUUUAUUUCAGAGCUCUGAAGUUUUCCAUGCACUGAAGAGAGUGGGAGAGUCUCACUUUAUACUGGUUGGGAAGAACAGGCCAUGCCUAUUUCCUCCUCCCUACAUACAUGGAUGACUUGGGAGAGGGGAGGUGCUGUGCUUUGGUGACUAAUUUGUCUCUCAAGCCUAUCAUGAAGUGAGAGUGAUGCCUUUCUUCUCCUGAAUUAUCUGUGUGCCAGAGGACUUGGGAGUGGUGUGAAUUUAGUGGGGAUCACAAAUAGUGGCUCACUAUAAAAGCCAGCCAGAAUUGGUUAGCCCUUCAGGAGGGAGACUACUUAGCUAUAAAUUCCAUGCAUGCCACCUGCUUAUUCCUGCAUUACAGGGGGUUGGACUAGAUGAGCUUUCGGAUCCCUUUCAACUCUAUAAUUGUAUGAUCCUAUGAUUCAUCAGCUGCCAAAGAAGAGCAUAGGCCAGACCAAUUACCCUCCUAGAUUCACAUGGGAACUUUACAUUUGCCACUUUGCUGUGUGUUUUGUGGUGAAGUUAAAUCAAUCCCACCCCCCCCCAAAAAAAAUGUUUUGCCCGUGUAGGUUUUUAUGUACUGAGCUGAAAGCAUGUAAUAUGACAGACAGCCUGGUUUUGGGAAAAGGCACAUGGUACCCACACUUGAGUGCUCUGUUCAUUAAACUUUUGCUCUCGUUUUAUAAUUACCGAGUAAAUGAAGUUAGUGUUUGCUGUGUGACUGGACAGGUUGCUAGACAUUAAACUUCAGAACUGAUAUGCUCUAGUGGAAACUUGUGCAGGUUAUGCCUGUAUAUCAUUAGUACAUUCUCAGAAACAUUUUUCUUAAUACCUUUGUGUAUUCCCAGCCUCAUAGCUCCGAAUCCAAGUAGAAUAUUUGCUAAAGGAGCUGGACACUUUAGCUCUUCAUUAUGGAUUUAUUGUACCUUGUUUGGAGUCUAUAGUUAAAUCCCAGUGGUAUAGCUGAUCUAGUAGUCUGAUUCAAUGGCAACUGCUUAUGUCUAAGGAGAAAUUACUGGCUUUUUUCAGCAUAUUAGCAAUUAUUCCUCACACUGCAAGCAUUAAUUUUAUAUGCAACCUUACAUUUCCCAUGUUGGAGGAUUAUGUGAAACAUGGAAUCCACAUGACAGAGAGACAUGCUUCUGAUUUCUGCUGGCACUUAAUGUGCUGCCACUGAAAAGAAGUGUUCACUAUUGAACAUGUGUCAGGAAGACAAGGAAUACAAAUUGUUUACAAGCUCCAAGUGUUUAUAGCAGCCUGGGAAGUGAGGUGUAAAUUCUCUUAGACUGUAGUAGCCAGCGUCAGGAUACGAAGUGCCACAGACAGUGUCUCGCACAAGGAAACUCCCUCCUUCUGGUGACAGACAUCUAAAAUGCCUUUCCGAAGUUUGAAGUGCUCUGUGCAUGUAUACUGGGUUGCCUGGAUCCCACCCACUGGUUAAUUGUUGAUAAUGAGAAUUUCUGUGUUGGUAGUUGAUUGGAUACUGUUUCCAGAUAGUAAACUUUGAUAGCAGUCAAAAAGCAGCAUGAGAAGGUCGGCUUAUCAUUGCUAAUGCUUGUUGUACUGAAUUUUAGGUUGCUGAGGCUUCAGGUUGACAUUUCUGGAGUAUGGUGUUAACAGUCUCACAAGGAAAUAAUAAGGGCAAUAGGAAUGUGUGGUGUGUUUUAAAAAUAAAAAACGAACUGUGAAAACUUAAACGUCAAGAAGGAAUGAUCCAGGGUGGUCUUUCAGUGUGUGGAAUGUGCAACACAGCAGUGAGACUUUAGAAAUGAUUGUGCAUAUCUGAAGUAGGAGCAGCUUCCAAAAUGCCACAUGUGGGAUAGUCUGUCUAUGAAUCCCAUCCGUUGUGUGUGUGUGUGUGUGUGGCAUUGCAUACUCCAUAUGGCCUCAUUGCCAUGUAUCAAAAUUUUAAUAAACAUUACAUUCCAGUAACACGCCUCAUUAGAUUUUGCUGCUAAUUUGGGGAAAAGGCUGGAGGACAACUUUUGAUGUUGAGUCUCUGAGUUUUGAAUAUUGUGUAGUAAAUACUAAGGUUGCACAAUCCUUACAGCUAUGCCCUCACCAGCAAGUAUAAAUGAACUGGCCCAAAUUUUUUGAAAGCUUAAAAAGAAUAGUAUCAGAAUCAUAACCAGUGUUAGAAACUGAGAUAUGAAAGCUAGGAGCUGGGUGGCACUUUAAACCUAGGUUACAGGCGCAACAACGAAAUGUCUAGGCACACUUUUUUUGUAUCAGGAAUACACAGCUGAAAGUUAAUGAACUGCAGCUAAAAUAUUAUGUUCAUUUUUCACAUGGGAUAGUCCUUCCCCUGCCCACCUGCCUAAUAUUCUUGAGAGGGUCUCUUCUCCAGUCUUCAGAGAGUAGCUGGAAGUGGGGAGGCAGAAAAAGGUCUUCCUUUCCUUCCACUCUGCAGUUUUAAUCUAAAAUCUUAAACACAGUACUGUGCCCAGAGUUCAGAAACUGUUUGCGCUAAUGAAAUUCCCUGUCGCAAAAUGCACCUAGAACAAUGGGAGUUUUGAACACUGAUCAUAACCUUUCAGUAAGUAUUACACCUGGUAUAUUUAUAAAAAGAAAAACCAUGACCCUAAGAAGACUCGAGACAGAUCCUAAUGUUAAUUUUUCAAACUGUGGCUUUUAAAAAGACAUGUGUAUAUAUAGCUGAGGAUAAUUGCAUAACCUUUUGCAUGCUGCUGUGAGUCCUGCUUUGAGGAACUGGACUUAUUGUUUGUGGUGAACUUGCUGAACUUGUACCCUACUAAAUGCAUGUUAGGAUUAAGAUUAUUGUUGAAUGUGCUGUGUCUUGUGGGAAAAGCCUUUCUCAUGUCUCUUUACUUCACAAUAUUCUAAUGCCUAGCAACUGGUGUUAGGGUACAGAUUACUGCAGGAGCGAAAUGGUCUCUCAGUUUACUGCGUUCCAAAAUGUGGAGGUUUAGAUUAAAUAGGAAACUUAAAACUUUUUUGGCAAGUGGAGAUUCUUGAUAAUCUGCUUUAUGAAGUCAUCCACCCCAGGCAGCCCAAAGCAUCUCUGGGCUUUGUAUUCGGCAUUGGUUAAUUAUCAUACCAUGCUGAUUAUUUUGACUUCAAUCAGCUGUUGGCAACGUGGAAGAACAUUGCAUGUUUUCUUUGAAAAUUUUUGACAAAAAUACAAGUGUGUUUGUGGGGGGGGGGCAAGUGUAGCAAAGAUUGGAUGAAUUCAUGGGUUUAGAAUCUGAAGGUGAUUGUCUAUUGUACUGCUUUGCUUCUCCCCUCUUGCCUGUGGUAUAAUGAAUGUUUAUUAUUACUGCCAAACAGUCAGCCUACACAUGUGGUAUAAACAAUCCGUAAUCCCCGGUUUAGCGUUGCAUUCAAUCCAGAAAUUGUAGUUCGUUUCACUCCAAAUAAACCACAAUAAUUGAUUCAGUCAUAAGGCCAAACCAGGGGUCUUGAUUUGUUUCUCCUGUGUGGUGGAUGGUCUGGAGCAAAGCUGGCGAGACAAGCAAAGUCCAUGCCCCAACAAUUAAGAUCAAACAGUAAUCCUAUACUAAAUUUCUGUUAUUGCACACUACUGCUAGAUAGGCAGUAUAUUACAUCCUGCUUACUUUAAUCAUUAUAUUCGUCAUUGAGACUAUUACCAAAGGAGCUAUAAAACCACAACAAAUAAUAUUUACUGCUUGGAUUUAACAGUACAAUUGUUUCAAAUCUUAUACAAUCCUCUGUUCCAUUAAGUGGUCCAAUAAACAAUAGCCUUUCUCAGGAGUGCAAAUACUGGACUUUUUUAAUUGAGCAGUUUGAAGAAGCUCCAACAAUGACUGAACAGUAAUCCAAGUAUAAAAUUGGUCAUCCACUUUCAAUACAACCCACUACCACCUUCAGUACAUUUUUGUGUGAGUAUUAAGAAAUCACAUGGAAAUUUUAUUAGCUGGCCUGCUGAAUUUGGAGUGGGACUGUGGCAGAUGUAGAAGGAUAGGAAGCCGUACAAAGCACUGUAGUCCUGACUCCUGUGAUCCUUUUUUAUUCUUUCCACACAUAUUCAUAUAUCUGAAGUACAGGGAAUGUCUUAAAGUUUAUGGAACACAGAUAUCCAGAACGAAAGAAAAAUGUAUCGCCUCUUGUUGGGAACUGCCUGAUUGCCAGGUUGCACUCUUUAUUUCCAAUAUGACUUCAGAGGAUAGCGGUUGGACUUGGGAGUUAACCUAUGGGGAAUUGCACAGUUUCAAAUUGGCUCCUAUGUUCACUAUCUAUAUAAAGCUACUGAGAAGGACUGUCUGGAGGUUUGGAGUGUGGUGUCUUUGAAGUACUAAAGACACCCAGCUAUAUUAUUCUCCUGUGACCCAGAAGCAACAAUGGUAUGUCCGAUGAGAGUAAAUAAGCUUGAAUCCAGACAAACACAUUCUUAAGCCUUCUGUGGGACCUGUGUGCAUGCAUUGUGGUGGGGGGUGUUUUCUUUUGAAUGGAGCUGCGUUGUACUUGAAGCCAUAGGUACUGUUCUGGACCAAAUUUAAUUCUGGAUGCCCAGGUUGUAUCUUGGGCCUUGCUGCCUUUUUGCAGAUUAAACUAUGCUCACACCUAGAGAAGCAAGAUCUAGGAAGUUUAAUAUACUCUUCUUGAUUCGAGAUGGUUGGAAUUAAGUGGCAUAUAAAUAGUUGAAAUAAAUUAGCAUAUUGAAACUUGACAUGGAAUUUAUUCCAAAAACUGUUUGGAAGAUAUAAUGAAUACGGAAGUGGGUACUGAGUUUUUAACUAAGAUUAUUUAGGGAGGGCCCACAACUUUGCUGAGGAAGCUCCACUUCUUGCAGAUUCACUUCAGGAUGCAACCCAGCAUGGCUUUUAAGUGGUGAGGGGGAAAGCAUCCUACAUUUUUUCAAGGCUUUUCUUUGGUGCAGGCAACUCACAAUUUAAGUGGGGGUUAUGUUCCAAGGCACUGUGCAUUUAAGUGAAAUUGUGUUUAUUUGAAACACCAUUGCAAAAGCCUGCAGACACCCUGUGCUGCUGCUUUUUGUGACGUUUAUCGGUCAUUUCCAGGUUCAGCGCAUGAGCAUGGUUGCGCACAUAUUGGAUGCGCCUAAAACGGUCGUUGCCUGUACUCUUGAGUUGCCCAGCACUAGGCUUUUUUCUUUUCUUUUCUUUUGCCAUCUGAUUGCUUUGAUUAGAAGCUUGCAAGAUGGUUGUGCCAUUCUGGUUGUGCUUAUCUGAGCAGGAACCACAUCAGGGUGCAUGCUGAUAGCCUAGCAGAUCAAAGCUUUGCACUCUUACAAGGCUUGGAGCGGGGAGUUGAAAUUCAGAUAUUUAGAAGAGAAAGCCAUAAACAUAAGAUGGGGAGCCAUGCUGAAAAUCUGUUUGUCCAUAACAGCCUUGGCCAACCUAGUGCCCAACUUGUAUCAUCACCAGGAUGGCUGUGCUGUCACAUGAAGCCUCAUUUGGAGAAGACGUGUGUUCUCUUCACUUGAAGUGCCACUUAUUUUUAGUAUUAAUACAGACUGCUCUUUUGUCUGCCUUCGGAGAGUCUGGUCUCACUGGCUGAUGUAUUUGCUUCCUUACUCUUCCAUAGAGGAGCUGCAUUACCUAAUGUUUUUUCCUGUUUAGUGCUGAUGGCAGGAAUUAUCUAGCAUGAUGUUAGCAACUCUUUCGGAAUGCAACUUCCAAAGUGACCCUUCUCAACCAAUUGCCUACCCUUUCUUUCAUAUUUAUUUAAAUAUUUAUGAAUCACUUGUAAUUAUAUAUCUCUAAGUGAGUAUAUACUCACCUCCAUUCUUCAUUGUGCUUUUAAAAAACGUUUUAUUUUACACAAGCAAUAGGUUGGCUAGAAAACCUAAAAACUUAGGUUUUGGUAUUAGUGUGCUUAACUUGCACAUUUUGGGGUGUCAGGAAAGUAGGCCUCAUUUUUGUGGGGAGCUUAAUGAGAAAGUUACAUCAGAGACAGAUCCUGUGUUUUUGUCUUUAAAUAAAGAUUUCAAUUUGUGCAUGAGCAGUUUUGUAAAUAAAAUGUUCUACCUUGGUCUAUGUUUCCCAGAAUUAUUUUGCCAGUGCCUUCUGUUUAUAUCAUAUCUGAGGGUAUCCAGCAAAGUCCUGUUAGCACAAUAAUUUAUGUCUAUGCAAUGGGACUUUCUAUCGCUGUGCUUGCCCUGUGCUUCCUCCCAGAUCUACCCUGGAGGGUUGGGGAGGAGCCCUGAACGAAUUAGAGAGGAAGAAAUAGGCCUGCUACAGAGGUGGAAGUCUUUGUGUUAACAGGAUGGCUUUGUUGGAGACAACCCACUUGUGCACUUAGAUUGUACUCAGACUAUGACUUCACCGUGUGCCUACUCUUGUGUCUGUUGCUUAACCUUUUCAUUAUCGCAUUAUUCCACAUUUCACUUCAGACCACCUUAGCAUUUCAUGACUCUGCGCCCCUUUCUGUGUCUUCAUAGUGCAUGUUGAGUUGGGGAGCUUCAGUGUGCAGUCCUCUGGGCCCAGGAUCCACCAGUUAUUGUCGCAUUAUAUACAGUGGUGCCCCGCAAGACGAAUGCCUCGCAAGACGGAAAACCCGCUAGACGAAAGGGUUUUCCGUUUUUGAGUUGCUUCGCAGGACGAAUUUCCCUAUGGGCUUGCUUCGCAAGACGAAAAUGUCUUGCAAGUCUUGAGAUUUUUUUUCCGCUUUUCCCCCCUUUAUCUAAUCUGCUAAGCCUUUAAUAGCCUUUAAUAGCCUUUUAGCAGCUAAUCCACUAAGCCUUUAAGCCUUUAAUAGCCGCUAAACCGCUAAUAGCGCUAAUCCGUUAAGCCGCUAAUAGGGUUGCUUCGCAAGACGAAAAAACCGCUAGACGAAGACUCUCGCGGAACGGAUUAAUUUCGUCUUGCGAGGCACCACUGUAUCCCUAAGGUGGAGGUAGAAAAAGGGUAUUAAAUAAAAAUACAUUGCAUGUAAAGCAGUGGGUUGUUUGGGAUUUUUUAAUGGCAUGCUAGGUCUCCACUGACUUAGAUCAGGAAAACUUUAAGACUUAGAACAUGCUCAGAUGCUUUUCGUUUAGUUGCCCAGAACCAUGGGCUGGUAGUUGCAUAAUGGAAGCUUAUUUCAUUAAAUAGUUCAGGGGCGCAAAGCCUUGCAGAAAUGCUCCCAGUCCAUCAGAUUUUUUUAUUGACCUGUGUAGCCCGGGCUCCUACCUCUUCUGUAAGAUGGCCUGAAAUAUGCUGUCCACCAUGAUCCCCAAUUUGUUUUGAGGAGUAUUUACAGCUAAGAACCACUUUACUAAAAAAAAAGAAAAAAAAAGAAGCUGUAUAAAUUCCAAUCCACAUCACCACUCUGCAUCCAUAUAUAAGAACACAUAUUUGUAAGUAAUCAUAUCCAUUAGCAUGUGCGUACCACUUUUGUGAAGCCCUUGCUGCUAGAUUAUUAUUUUUAUCUAAUAUAAAGUACCUGAACUUUUCAAAGCACCAUACAGAUAUUAAAACAUAGGACUGUUCCUGCCUACAGCCUCACAUUCUAGUAGACAGUAUACAAAGUGGGAGGAGGAUGGGGUUAGGAAAGAAAGCAUUGGAUCAGUUGUGCAUUCUGGCUGACAUUAACCUUAUUCUAGAACCUGAGCAGUUCCUGUUGCAGAAUAUGCUACCUGCCCUCAGAGAGCAGUUUUCAGCGAACAGAGUAGCCCCAAAGAAAAAGAAACCAUUUGUCAUUGCUCUAUAGAUUUAUUCCUUAGCACCCACAACAAGCUUUGCCUAGGGUGGAGUCAAAUCACCGGUGUGUGUGAUUUCAGCAGCUAGGCAACUGCUAUAGUGGCCUAGUAACCAAAGUGGGAUUGGAGUGUUGGUGCAUCAGCUGUUUAUACAAGCUUCCUGUUUGGCUAGUAAAUUGGCACUCACUUUGUCUCUCUAAUGAUAAUCCAUACCCUAGCAUGCGUAAGUUGUGAGAGCAGUCAUUUGCUCUAGUGACUGUACUGCUCUGAUGCGCAAGAGAACUCCCAAAUGUGUGCACUGUAUUGAAAUAUUACCCAUAUGCUCUUGUGAAAGUGUUGAACUUGGACGUGAGCGACAUAGGUUUAAAUUACUAUUUGUGAAGCUCCUUGGGUGGUUGUGGGGAACCCCUCAGUUGUGGAGCAGUAAGAAGUGUGGUUUUGUACUAUAAAGUGUUUUGAAGCCGCAUUUUGGUAAUCCAUAUAAUGACCUCAUGAGCUGUUACUUAGUCAUUUGUUUCAUAAUUUAAUUAUUAAAUAAUAAGCAGUGCUAAUUGCAUUUGUAUGACUGCCCAAUAGCAAAUGUUCUCUUGUUGGCUCAUAAUUUUUUAAAGAAAUGCGGUAUUGAAAAAGCAUAAAUGAAUUCUGGCGGAAAAAGUAGAACAAUUAACAUAAAUACGCAAUAGAACACAAAUUAUAAAUGAAGAUGCCCAGAUCAUUAAGCAUAUCUUGUUUAAAAGAGCUGAGUGACUAAAAAAAAGUGCAAAAAAGACCACAAGAAUGAUUCUGGGCACAUUUCUCUGGAGAGGCUCUUCCUUAACUGAGCUGAGGUAUGCUUCUCCUGGUUUUUCACUUGUGACACACGCAAGUGUGGGAGAGGGAGGGAGAGAGAGAACGAAUGAACAAUUUUGGUCCUAGAAAGGCAAAACAUUAUUUGUGGUAGUUUCUAAAGAUAUUUUACCAUUAGCCUGUGUUGUAAUUGUACAAAUUUUCUGCUAUCUUAGCAUGAUAAUACCAAGAUAGCCUGAGUUCUAGUUAAUCAACACACAGUGUUUGAUUACUGAAGCCAACUGAGGAUUCCAAAUCGUCUGAAUAAUUGACAGUAUUCAGGGAUCAGGUUCUAGAGCACUGAAACUACGGUAUGCUGAAAGUUAAUCCGAAUCUUGAUUAAGACAGCACAGAUCUGUUAUCAUUCCUCUUGAUCACAGUUUGUUCUGAUAAGAUAUUUAACCAGCAGAUGGCAGCAGUGUAUUCCACGAGGUGGCAAUUGGUAUCCUUUUUUAAAAUGACAUAAGGAAGUGAAAAAACCUUACUGUCAUUGAAGUGAUUUUUCAUUGCAUCCUUGAGUAGUUAGAUGUAGAAAUUGGCUUGUACUGUAUCUGAGUGGAAAUUAAGAUAAGAUAAAAGGUCUCCCCCGCAACUGAAGUGAUAAGAUAAAAGGUCUCCCCCGCAACUGAAGUAUAUACUGAUAGAAUUAGAAAUUUUUGAAAAGUUAAAGAAACUCGACCCAACUGUAGAAUAAUGUGGUAUGGUACAGUACAAACUUUUUAAAUGGCUAUUCUAACAAUUUGUAUCUUGAAGUCACUGAAACUAAUUUCAUGGAGUUUCUAAUCUAAUUAGCUAUAGCAGUAAGACUGCCAUGUAGCUUUAAUACACUGCCCCUUGUCUGAACUACAAAACAUAUUUUAGCACCCUGCAGUAUAGGUCCAAUAUAUGGAUGAUUUCAUACAACUUUUUAUAUAAGAUGUAAACUUACCGUAUAUAGAUGAAGUAUCAUAAAUGGUCUUGCCUCUUGCCUUAAAAAAAUCAUCUAACCCGAUUCAGCUAAAUCAUUUACUGUACUAGUCUCAUGGUAUGGGUGCUGUAAAGUGCACUACAGUGAAAAUCCAUGAAUCAAAAGGAGUAGGUCUGACGACUUCCUCUGUCCAUCAUAGCCAAUGUUAGAAAAUGGGAUAGAAAAGCUAGGAGCCCAAGCAUGAAGUAAUACACAAUUCACAUAAGUGACACAUUUUUAAUAUCACAUUUUUAACAGAAAUUGUUAAUACAUGUUUAAUUUGGUGUUUACAGUAAAAAAUAUUGGUAGCAUACUUCAGUUUCCGAAACACUCUACUCUUUAUUGUUAAACUCCUUAACAUAUUGUCCAUCCUUAACAUACACUUUGAGGCUUCAAAGCCAUACAUUUCAGUAAUUCUUGAGUGUCAGCCAGGCACAACAAAUGGCACCCAUACGUUUUAAGAUGCUCUCAAAUGGAGAACCUUUAGGUGCAAAAUGUGCCUGGCACCCUGCUAGUUUUGAACCCUGAUUGUAGCUGUGAUGGUUGGGAGAGCAAAGACAUAAAAGAAAGGAGUGUUACCUUAGUGCUAGUAACUGACAUAUUAAAAGCUUGCGUUUUGUAAGCAUGGUUAAAUGUUUAGCUGCUAAAUUUUUAGUGUACUAGAAAUUUUCUCUUCCCCAAUAGGAGGGUGUGUGAUCUGUGUGGGUUAGUUGACAAGGAGGAAGUGGAGAUUUUGGGGGUGGAAUGGGGGUUGUGCUUGUUUAAACAAUUCAAUAAACUAAAAAAAAAGAAAAUUACUGAGGCAUGUGGUAGGCUUGUCCCAUUGUUAGAUUUGCAUUCCUGGCUGCUGUUAUGAGUCUUUCUCGUGGGUUUCCCUUCCAUAAAAAUGUGUAACUGUGGAACUCCCAUAUGCCAGUACAUUCUAUCCCAUCUGUGUAGGCUUGCUCUCUUAUUGAGUACAGGCUACUUGUUACGAGUCAGACUUCUUGUCUUAAAUUCAGGGUGAGGAGAAGUAAAUAUUGUAUAUUCAAUUUGAUCUAAUAUUCAGGGUGCUUGAACUAUGCAUCUUGUUUUGACUUUGUUGUACAGCUUUCCUAGCAAUCUUGCUAGCCCUAGCACUUAAAGCAAACAGAAUAAGUUGCAGUACAAAUCUUUUGCCAGGCUUUUAAAUGUCAGGUUAAGACUUUUUUUAUUUACUAAAGCAUUUUUUAAAAAAUUUGUAUACUUUGGCAUGUUUUAUGGUUUUAUCUGUUGUCUCUUGGGCUACAUUUUAUUGUAUUGUGAAUGAUAUGGCUCACUGCUAUGACAUCUGAUCCAGUGAAGGGAGGUAUAGAAAUGUGUUAAAACACAUAAAACUCCCCUCUGUGUGCAUUUGGAAGCUUGCUACUAUCUAAGAGAUAACAUUUUUCAGAAAAUAGCACUAAUAGAAGUAUGCAGCCUCCAAAGGCUAUUUGAGUUUCCCAUUCUCUUCUGCCCCUUACAUUGGAAGGAACCAGCUAGGAAGUUAAGGCAUUAAUGCCUCAUAAAGCACAUAGACCUCAGGGAUGAAAAUACCUGAAGAAAGAUUUGGUAUUUCUCAAGAUGCUGUAGCCUCAAAGUUUCAUUUACCUUCUGGGUUGGUCAUUUCAGUUCAGAUAAGGCAACUUUAAAGGUAUAAGAACUAUUUCUGUUUGGAGAAAAGGUAUAGAUUGUUGGCUCAAAACAAAUCAGAAUAAAAAUGUGCUUCUCAUUGUGAUGAAAGUUGUGAUGAAACUUUUAAAUAUUCUUACCAUAAAUAUUAGGAACAACUGGUGGAACUUCCUUUAUACAAAGACGAGAAGCACAAAGAAAGCUGUGGGAGCUGACUAUGCCAUCGAGUCUUUAUAACAGCUAGACUAGUAUGUUCUAAGAGGUAGCCUGUUUUAAAUUGUGGGGUGGCAAGGUUUAGUCCACAGAUUGAUUCUGGGACUGCAUAUCAGGUGAGUUUGACCCAGAAGGCGUGCCUGCUAUUUCACUGUAUAUAACAUUGCCAGUUUGGUGUGUACAUAGGCUCAUAGUAGUCCUGUGGUCAGUAUAAGCAACUGGCCUGCAUGGAAGGCCUUAUUUCCAAAAGGAUGUUGCAAAUAAUGGAAAGAGAAUAAGUCUUGAACAUCUGAGAUUAGUUUUGGGCAUGCUUUCUUCCAGGCUUGAAGUCACACAACUUGUGUUAACAUAGUUUCUUUUCCUUCUUCCCUAGCAAUGGCACCAGCAUGAUAUCAUUGAUCAUUCCCCCCAAAGACCAGAUUUCACGAGUAGCAAAGAUGUUAGCGGAUGAGUUUGGUACAGCAUCAAACAUUAAAUCUCGAGUGAAUCGCCUUUCAGUCCUCGGCGCCAUUACAUCUGUACAGCAACGGCUAAAACUUUAUAACAAAGGUAAAAAGUUCUUCUGCUUGCUUUAUGAAUAACUUUGUGCUCGCUUUGGCAUCAUCUAAGGUUGCACCCUGUGCUUUUUACAGUACCUCCAAAUGGUCUUGUUGUAUACUGUGGAACAAUUGUGACAGAAGAAGGAAAGGAGAAGAAAGUGAACAUUGAUUUUGAACCUUUCAAACCAAUAAAUACAUCGUUGUAUUUGUGCGAUAAUAAAUUCCAUACAGAGGUAAGUGUCAUUUUGCAUUUCUAGCCAGAUUGUAAAUUUGGCUCAUGAUAACUUUGCUCAGUUUGCAGUAUGCUCAUGAAUAGUUAUCGUAUACAAUGUGUUGGUUACUAGAUGUUAAUUAUAACAACCUAUUUCUGAAUUCAACAUACACUUGUGUAUUUUACUUCAAAACAUGAUUUCCUGUUUCUGUUCACAUACAAAGAUACUAAGCAAGGUUGUUUACUUAUACAUCAAGGGUCCAGACCUUUCCAGAAACAAAGGCUGAUAGCAUCACAAAUGUUGGGAUCCAUGUGUUCAUUUUUGUCUGGAAGGUUGUAAAUGUAAUUGUGAGCUGAGCAAAUUGCAGACAUAAAAUGCCAGACCACGCAAGUGAUUUCAGUGGACUGUUCCAAUGAGAUACAGGGAUUUAUUUUUCCCCUGGAAUUGAACACUGUGAUUUACUAGGCCUUACCUUCCACUUCAAACACAUAAUUAUAGAUAAAAUGUGUGAUAGCUAUUGUGUUAUUUCUUAGUCCAGAAACAAUUCUGAUUCAUUGGUUAAUUUUUCCAGGCAACCAUUGGAUAUCUGGUUUAUUCAGAAUUGUUGUGUAGCAAUAGCAAGGGGGCACCAUUUCUUGAUCUGCCUGUGAACUUGGCAUGUCAGUGAUGCUCAGAUCAAUUAAUAUCGGUGUACUGUGUUAUGCUCAGUGUUGGAAACUGAGAUAAAGAAAGCUAGGAGCUAAAUGGCACAUUAAACCUAGGUUAUGGGCACAACAAUGGAAUGUCUAGGCGUGCUUUUUGUAUAACAAGAAUACAAAGCUGAAAAUGAAUGAACUGCAGCUAAAAUAUUAUGUUCAUUUUUCACAUGUCCUUCCCCUGCCCACCCCCCUAAUAUUCUUGAGAGGGUCUCUUCUCCAGUCUUCAGAGAAUUUCUGGAAAUGGGGAGGCAGAAAAGGGUCCUCCUUUCCUUCCAUCUUAGGCACAGUACUGUGCCCAGAGCUCAGAAGCUGCUCUUGGUAAUGAAAUUCCCUGUCGCAAAAUGUGCCUAGAACAAUGGGAGUUUCAAACACUGGUUAUGCUCCCACUUUCUGGGAGAAACACUGCAUUAGCAAUUGUUGUGGGGAAGAUGCAAAAACAGUUCCCACUUCUCACAUAUUGGGAGAAAUUCAACAUUUUUCUGAUCAUUCCUUCAGCAUAAGCAUUUUGACUUUCCAGACCAAAAAAUCCCACCCUCUCCUUCCCCUUCAUUCUGUUUCAGAGAUUCUCCUGACGCACACACACACCCCGAGCCAUUUUUGGGGGGGGGGCAGAAGCCCUGUUGAGCAAGUAGAAGGCUUUGCUCAGGGCUUCGAUUGAUGGGACUCAUUAGUUGAACCCUGCUCAAUGUCUCCAAUGUGUGCAGCAAAUAUCAUUGGAAAAGGUCUGGUAUUCAUGCGACACCAGUUCUGACUGAAAGACUUAAACUUGCUUUUUCUAUAUUGGUCUAAAUAAAACAGUAACAGUAUACUUAUGGUUCCUUUUUAAUAUACAUUUCGGGCAGGUUUUUGCCAGUGUUACAGCCACCUGCAUCUCAGAACAUAUUUGUAACGUCCAGUUCUUUCAUGUGGUGUGCCAGUCAAUGGAGUUGUGAAAGGCUUUUAAUAGCUUAAAUUGUUGCACACCCCUAACACUGUUUCUAGUCAGAAAUGCUAAGUUGGCCACUUGGGGCUGGCCAUUCCAGUUGAGUCAUAUUGCACCUGUGCUUGUUGCUAUCAUGGUUCUAGAGCUUUGAUGUUCCUGUUUGACGCUCACUUACUCAAACAAUUGCUGAUUGCCUUAGGUGAGCAAUUAAUUGCAGGGAUGGCACAAAAUGCAAGCUUCAGACUUUUAUUGUGUAUAGCUCAUAUAUUCUCCAUCAAGCACCAGUUUGAGCUUUUUCUCUUUUGAUGCUUGCUUUUCUUUUCCCUUUCACAAAAUAAUGCAUAUUUUUUGUGUAGAAGUGUUUUUAUUGGGUUGCCCAUUUGCUACUUACUCAGGCUGGCUUCUGAUUAUUUCCCCUUAAUUAGCUUGCACGUCAUCAUAAUCAGAAAUAACUUGCUAACAGUUCUCUCUAGCAAGCUUAAAGGGAUGCUGCACAGUGAGCAGUGACAUUCCUAAAUUCAAAAAGGCCCUAGAUGAACAUAAUUAACUUGGUUUUUUACAUGAGUUUGAAGCGAGUCAAGAUAGAUUCUCAGAGUCUAAAAGAAGGGAUAAAGGCAUUCCUUCAGGAGAACAUUCCUCCUCCUAGAUUGAUCGUAUUGAUACAGUCUUUCCAUAGCUAUUGAAUAUCGUAAGUAUAACACUGGCAUCUGCUGCAUUGAUUUUCAGGCCCUUACAGCACUACUGUCAGACGACAGCAAGUUUGGUUUUAUUGUAAUAGAUGGUAGUGGUGCACUCUUCGGAACUCUUCAAGGAAACACCAGAGAGGUGCUUCACAAGUUCACAGUCGACCUCCCAAAGAAGCAUGGUAAUGUGUAAAAAUAGCUCAAGAAUUAUUAAUAGUAGAUAGGACAAAACAUGGUUUAUAAAGGAAAGAGAAGAUGAUUGGGAACAUUUGUAAGUGGCUCUGUCAUGUCAUUUGGAAGGAGGGAUAUUGCAUACCUAAAUUAUUGUUUUCUAUGCUAUUUGGGUAACUUGAAUGUAGUAAUACUGCAGAUAGAUACAGACCAGCAUCCCAUUGCUUAAAUGCUUUGUGAUUUUGCAGAAAGCUGCCAUUGCACUAAUGAAGCAGUCAAUCGACACAGCCAGUAAUAGUGCUUUGUGCAGCAAGUAUGAUCACUAAAUAGGCUUGGCUUCAUGUGAUGAGCACCAUCCACGAUGUCCUCACACAAUAAUGCUGUUGUGGUAAUUGCAGUUGAGUCAUAAUUUAUAAUAAUCUACCUUGAAACAAGUGUCUGUGAACAUUAACAUAGACGUGUAUUUUGUGUGAACUUGGUUAUAUGCUUUGACAAACAUGUGGUCCAAGCACUUCAAAGUACAUGAAAGAAUUCUAAAACAUUUGGCUUUAAAAAAAAUGGGGGUGGGGGGAAAACCCGGGGAUGGAAACAACUUUCAUUAUUGCUGUGCUUUUACCUCUGUCUCUCAAAGGAAGAGGAGGUCAGUCUGCCUUGCGUUUUGCUCGUUUGAGAAUGGAGAAGCGGCACAACUAUGUAAGGAAAGUAGCAGAAACGGCUGUACAGCUGUUCAUUUCUGGCGACAAGGUGAACGUGGCUGGUCUCGUUUUAGCUGGGUCAGCUGACUUCAAAACUGAACUAAGUCAGUCAGACAUGUUUGAUCAGGUAAAUGGGGAUUUUGGCUGAUGGAGAAUUGCCCAUUUGUAAUGAGGGACUGCUUUCUGCUGUUGACUUGAUACAGAUUUUAGUACUGCUUCUAAUGUGAUAUUGGGCUUUACAGUUUUAAUGAUGAUAAUUCUAAUUACAGUGGUACCUCAGGUUACAUACGCUUCAGGUUACAGCCUCCGCUAACCCAGAAAUAGUACCUCGGGUUAAGAACUUUGCUUCAGGAUGAGAACAGAAAUCGUGCUCCGAUGGCAUGGCAGCAGCGGGAGGCCCCAUUAGCUAAAGUGGUGCUUCAGGUUAAGAACAGUUUCAGGUUAAGAAUGGACUUCUGGAACGAAUUAAGUACUUAACCCGAGGUACCACUGUAUAUAUGAAAACUUCUCUGAGGUUAUUGACAAAGAAUAGUAUAGAGAUUUAUUCAGUGAAUACAUAAAAUAAAAAGAGGCGCCAUUAACUCUGAGAAGAAGCUUGAAAGAGAUGUGCAGGCACUAACGUUCUAUCAUGUGACCAUUGGAAUCAUUCAGAUUAUUCUGUCUAGAUCUGGGUGUUCACCAAAUGCCACCCGUGUAUUUGCAUUCUUUGCAGAGGGUUUGCAAAUUCCCUCUUGAAAUGAUAGCAAGAGUUAUUUGCUACCCUUUUUUGAGGGUGGGAUUUCACUGCCUUCGAGGUGAAAGCCUGAUAUUAGUUACCCAGUUUCUCCUGAUUUUAGUAUUGAUAAAGUAUGAGGCAACCUCAUUUGCAACCAGAGGUUGUGUUAACUCCACAUUGUAAAACUAUAGGCUUCUAAUUUACUUUGGUGAGCAGCUCUCAAGCAUUGGCCUGAUUUCAAAAGCCCUUUGCAGGCUAUUAGUUCAAUUUGUGCUCUUCCCUCUCCCCCAGCAGUCCAUUGGGCCAGAGGUAAAAAGAGAAGGGGACAACCACAGCUACUGGUUUUGAUCCCAACAGCUGCUGGCUGCUGGCCCCCAACAUAUCACCCCCAAGGGAAUGCUGCCUUCAUUCAACAGACAUAAUGGUUGCUCAUGCCUGAUGCAAUGUGUCUUCUAACACCACAUCUUUUUAUUUAUAGCGAUUGCAGUCCAAAGUACUAAAGCUAGUUGACAUCUCAUAUGGUGGUGAAAAUGGAUUCAAUCAAGCAAUUGAAUUGUCCACUGAGGUCCUAUCUAAUGUGAAAUUCAUUCAAGAAAAGAAACUAAUAGGUAUGAAUAAAAUACUAUAAUUAAUCAGUUAUCAUAAGCUGACACUCAAGGUGUUGGUAAAGCACAAUUUUGGGAAGGGUGUAUUGUCUAGUGGGUAGAGCAAGGGGCAGGCAAUAGGUUCUUUAGGAUCCCACCAGAUGGAAGACUGGCAGACUGUUAGAUAAAAAAGAAAGUGGUUUAUUGGUUAGCAAAUAUUACAAUACUACAAGACAGCACCUAAUAAACAAAAGAAUCCGUCUAGCAGUUAUAUAUCAUACUCACUAACCAGUUGGACUUAAGAUACCAAGCCAGAAGUGCAAGAACAAAAGGAUAUUGGGGGAAAUAACUGCAAAGGCGAAGUUUGUGGUUCAUCUCAUUUGCUGCGAAGCCCCCAGGUGCAGCAGAUCCCUCGCUCAGUUGGUGAGACCAACACUGACCAUUCACCGGUAGAACUCUGUGCAAAGGCUUGCCAAGCCUCUGAAGUCAGACGCUUAAAUAGAGGCUUGCAAGCAUAAUCUCAUAGCAGGUCCUCUCUUAUCUGUUGCAGUUGGCACAGUGUCCAUCCUCCCUCUGUUCCCAGCGAUGAAUCAGAAUUAAUUGUCUGUUGUUGUUGUUUGAAUUUAUAUACCGCCCUAUACCCGGAGGUCUCAGGGCAGUUCCAUGGCUGGGCCAACUACAUGACCGCUAGUUGGCUCCUCCUCUCCUCAGGCCAGCUGUCAAGUCCUCUGAUGUAUAGCACAUCUGAUGCCUAAUUCUCAUGAAAUAAUGAAGUGAGGGACAAGUCCUUAUCUAUCUGAUGUAUAGUCCUAAUUAUAUUGACAGAUAGCGACGUCUAGUGUCAAUUCCUCAUCAUAUAACUAUUGUUAUUCUAAACAAGCCAGCUUCAUAAACCACUGUUUGAAAUUGGCAUGUUUCAAAUAAACCAUAGUUAAGACUAACCACAGUCAUUCAGGUUUGAACAACCCAACAAGGUGUUGGAUUCCUCCUUGUAGCGUUGCUGAAAGGGGCGGGAAGCAAGUGAGAUUGAAGCUUACCAAGACCCAUUCUUGUCAUGCUAAGCUAUGGUUUAGCGUGACUUCUGAACCAGGUCACAGGGUACAUAACCUGGUAACUAUGAAAGUGUCAGUGAGUCAACUGUCCAUGGACUGCCAAAGUAAUUACCUUCCACCUUUCUGAACGUAAUCAACAUUGUCUCCCUAAUGUCACAGCAGUGCGGUGAUCUUCGUGAAAUUUAGUUGCUCUUGUGUUCCAGUCUGCACUGAUUAAAAAUAUGUAUGACAUGUUCAUUUCCAUCUCUCUUGUUUUCUUUAAAUGUAGGCCGAUACUUUGAUGAGAUCAGUCAGGACACAGGAAAAUACUGUUUUGGUGUUGAAGACACUCUAAAAGCCUUAGAAAUGGGAGCAGUAGAGAUUCUGAUAGUUUAUGAGAACCUGGAUAUAAUGAGAUAUGUUCUCCAUUGCCAAGGCACAGAAGGUACGUAGCUCCUACGGACACAAAUAUUGGGAUCUAGGGGAAUAGGAAUUGUAUGUUAACAUGGGUAGAUCACAAUGUAAAGCAGUUUGGCUCUUAGAUGUGCUCACACUGAUGGCAUUUAACGACACAUCGAACAUAUACAUUCUCUCCUUGAAGAAUAUAGGUGGUCCCGGAUUCUAGCCAGUAGCUUUCUCACACAUCCCCCAAUAUUUUUUGGCCCAGCUUGCAUUCUAGUUGCACCUUUUCUCCAUAAUGUUCCAAGUAUGGUGACUGGGCUAAAAAUGCCUCUCCACAAAAAUUGAUGUUCUAGUUCCCUGAGCUUAAUAACAUUUGGCUUUUCAUUUGUCAGGUGCAUGUGCAAUCUGAUUGUCUUGGGGAAUUUUUACUAAUAUGCCUCUUAAACUUCUCUCUCUCUCUCUCUCUUUCCCCUUACAGAGGAGAAGAUUCUCUAUCUGACACCAGAACAAGAAAAAGAUAAAUCUCACUUCACAGAUAAAGAGGUAUUUAUGCAAAGCCGCAUCUUUUUCGUACGUUAGCUACAAAGCAACCUAAGACAGUUGGCAUAUUAGCUAUUGAUGGAAGUACAGGAAAUAGAUUUGCUUAGCAAUUCUCUUCCAUUUUCAUCUUUAGACUGGACAGGAACACGAGCUGAUAGAAAGCAUGCCUCUGCUUGAGUGGUUUGCUAACAACUACAAGAAGUUUGGAGCCACGUUGGAGAUCGUGACAGAUAAGUCACAGGAAGGAUCCCAGUUUGUGAAAGGAUUUGGAGGAAUUGGAGGUAAUUGGAAAGGGGAAAUGGCAGAGUGGUGUGUUUCUUGUAACCCACAAUUGCAGCACCCUACAUUACUUUAGUGAAUUCUUACAACUGUUAAAUAUAAUAAUAAUUAUUAUUAUUACUAUCCCGGCCAGGGCCGGGCUCAGGGCAGCUAACACCAAAUAUAAAUUACAAUAAAAUGUAAUAGGGAAAAAAACAGUUAAUUAAAAUAUGGCUUAAAAUACAGCUUAAAAAUGUAGCCUCAUUUUAGUAGUAGCCCAUAAAUCAAGACCAUAAAGGGAGGAAACAUCAGAUAUUCACCCGAGCCAGCUAUCCGUGCUGGUCCUACAUGGGCCAGCAAAAAAAAAAAAAAAACCAUGGGAAAAUUUAUAUACCAAAUCCCAUAUAAGGGGUCAGAGUGAGUCUAAGCCGAAGGCCAGGUGGAACACCUCCGUCUUGAAGGCCCUGCAGAAAGAUGUCAAAUCCCCCAGGGCCCUAGUCUCUUGUGGCAGAGCGUUCCACCAAGUUGGGGCCAGUGCUGAAAAGGCCCUGGCCCUAGUUGAGACCAAUCUAACCACCUUGAGGCUCGGGACCUCCAAAGUGUUGUUAUUUAUGGACCUUAAGGUCCUCCGCGGGGCAUACCAGGAGAGGCAGUCCCAUAGGUACGAGGGUCCUAGGCCGCAUAUAAGUAUCUAUGAUUGAGGCAGUUGUGGUUCAUGCUGCUUUGUGAUAUCUCAAAGUGAUAAUAGAAUAAUGAGAUUUCAUAUUCAUAAAAACAAAUUCAGAUUCAGUACAGAUCUGCUGUAUCUUUAUGUCCACCUUCUCUAAUGGAUGCUUCCCAUGGUCCUAUCUUUCAUUCCCAAGUCUGUUAACAAGCUUUUCAGGGUAAUCUUGGAGGAAUUGCAUCAUAGAGAGGGACUUAUGUCCCCAUAAGGGGACACAACCUGUAACCAGGAAAGGGGUAUGGUUUUCCUUGGGGCAGUACAUCCUGUAUGCUCCACCCAGAGCAGAAACCGUACAUUCUACCGAGCACAGAGGGAAUCGGUUUACAAGUAACUCAUCUUACAGAGAGAGAGAGACCCCAAUAGUGCAUACACGGACACAUCUCUGUCAAUAUUUUAUAACUGAUGGAGAAUAACUUAAUGUGAUAAUUUCCCAGCACUCUUGUUGGCUGCUGGUCAAGAUGACAGGAAUUUAAAGGCUGGGGUUUUUUUGUUUGUUUGUUUGUUUUGUUUUAGUUAUAUUGCAGAUACAUACGAAUCAGAACUUUUAAACAUGAAAAAAGGGGGGAAAAAGAUUAAUAAAGGUUACAAAAAAGAAAAAAGGGGGACUUCUUCAUUUGCACAUACAGUAUAGGCUCGUUCGAUGUUGGCUUCUCUCACUACAGAUAACAGGCCUUUUAUUUCUCAGACUUGAAUCCCAAAUUUCAACUGCAGUUGGGUCAGACUGUGAGUGCUUGCUUGUUCAGGCUGGAAGAAUUCUUUACCACCUCCUCUGACUUUAGAUUUGUCUUGCCAGUCAAAUGCCUCACUUGAAGAAUUCACCUGCCAGCUUAGGCACAGGUCUCUUCCCACCUUGCAGCUUUACACAGGUCUUUCUGAGAAAUUGAAUCAAUACAGGUGGAAAGGAAACGUGUGCAGUCUUCUUUCGACUCCGGGGUACAAAGUGUUUGUAACAUCUUCCUUCUAACGUUUAUUUCCAAAGGUAUCUUGCGGUACCGAGUGGACUUCCAGGGAAUGGAAUACCAAGGAGGAGACGAUGAAUUUUUUGACCUUGAUGACUACUAGGUAGUCGACCUGGGUCUGGCAAAACGUGCCUCACCCCUCCAGCAUCCAACCCAAGGAGAAAGCUUGCGAUGGAAUACAAAACAGAUCCCUGCCUUAGAAUUGGAGUUUUUCCAGAACUUUAUCCAGAACACCGGGUUUAAAAGAAGAAGAAAGAAGCAAACCCUACUGAUUUGUCAUAGUGUCAGUACAGCAGCAAUCUACUAAGUUUCUAUAAUGCCAUUUUGGACUAAUUUAAAAAAAAAAAUCCCAGUUUUUACUUUUACUUAAUGGUGAAAUUGGUUGCUCUUGUAUUUUAUGAAAAUGAUUUUUUUAACCUUCAUGCUACAUUAACUGCUGUAAAACCUUCAUUUGAAAAAUUAAUAGAUUAUACUGGUUUGUUUCUUAAAUUGAUUGGAGGCAAUUAAGUCGCUGCGUUUUGCAGUGAGACGACCCAUUUACAUGGCGUUCUUGGCUUAGACUGCAGAAGAAGAACCUUAGGAGGUGCACCCAUUGCUCUUGGUCUACAGUGGUGGAAGUAAAAGAAAUUGAACCCUUAUGGCAUGCCAGCUUUCAAAGGUGCGAUGUGUAAAUUCAGACAGUCUGGGAGCUCCACCCAUUUUAAUCUUAAGACUGCAAAAGCGCUGCUUGUUUCAAUCAAGAAGUAUGUCUCAUUUGUGGCAAUCAAAAUGCCAGGGUCUCGGCAGGCUUGAUUGGGGAUUAUGAGUCGUGUGGCCUUCACUCUUCCCUCUUGUCAGUCAAUAAACAGUUUCCACAAGCAAGCUAAUGCUUCUUAUGCUUGGUUCUAUUCUUUACUAGGGUUUGGGAGGUGUUUUUUUAGUUCUGCUUUGGGACUGCAUAAGCUGCCUUGGUGUGAGUUAACAUCAAAAUUUCACAAACGGCUUUAAAUGCAAGUAGCUAGCAAAAUGUGACUGAUGUCAACCUUGGCACUGGCGGCUGUGAAGCAACUGUAGAAAUUAGCAAGUUCUCUCUUUUUUUAGAAGCUUGGCGCCAAAGGUUCACUUUAAACACUGUGGGAUCACUCACGCAAGGCAGUUAGCUCACUUUCCCGAACCCCCCCAGGGACUGUCUGGUUUUCUAAAGGAUACUCUUGAUAUUUUAGUGCCUAGCUAUGUUCACAUUUUCCUCUUGUCCUUCAUGUAUUGGUAAAACUCCCCAGCUGGCAAACUUUGCAUAUCGUUCCAAUAAUCCUGUCUCACUUGAACUGGAGGGCGGGUUUGUCUUAACGUAAACCUCCUCACAGUGUAUUCUUAAAAAGAGGUCCAAAAUGACUUUCUGUCAAUGUGAGCAAUAGAAUUUGUAUCUUUUUAUAACUCCGCAAGCAGGCAGUGUGUGUGAUUGUCCACGAGAAGUGUUCACGUAGGGUGAAGUCUCUUCCAGAAAGCAGUACACUUGGAUUUUGCCAUUGUAAAUGGGUCUGCUGUGACAUGACAAGAGCAGAAAAAUUGGGUGUAAAUUUACAUUUUUGAAUAUACUGCUUGUUUCACAUUUAGGGUAUGCAGCUCCUUUUUUUGUAGUUUUAUUUUUACUAUUUAAGUUUGGAAAUGAUGCCAAAUUUUUGUAUCUCUUUAAUCAAUGUGUUAUAUCUGGUGAUAUAUAUUGCAUUAUAUAUUGAUGUGUAUAUCAAUAUAUACCGAUAUGUAUUACACUUACACAAACACAUUAAAAGGGUAAGAAUCCUAGCCUUUUGCAUACUACAUAGCCUCUUCAGAGAGCUCCCAAGCAGUGAUAUCUUGGUGUUGUGAUGUACAGAAUGGAGAAGAGUAUUAAACCAUAUUUAAGAAUAUA